CAUCAGGAUGUGUGCUGUUAUAUUCCAGUGUGUCCAGCAGGAAUGAGCGUGUCUCUCAGAGUCUAACGUCAGGCGAGCGGAGGAGAGGCAAUGCGGCCGCUCCUGAUGCCCUGCGCUGCUUCCGUCCCAUCCUCCGUUUCCAGCCGUCUGUUCACUACUGCCAGGCCGUGCGGGGACUGACAACCCCACACGCCCACAUCCGAGGGGGGAAUUAAACCAACAUCCAAGCCGGUCCAGACCUCCAAUCGGCAAACAUCAGCGGCAGUGAGCCCCAGUUGUGGCCGUUGGGCAUGGUUUUGGAGGGUAGCUCAGAGGCGCUGUGUCCCCCCCCAUCUCUGGAGCUGCGCCCAUCCUGCAACAAGAGCCAGCCCUCGCCUCCUCUGGGCUCGAGCUCGCAACCCCACGACGGCGUCUUCCCCGGGGACAAGGAGCCCGUCAAGUAUGGCGAGCUCAUCGUCUUAGGGCAUAAUGGUUCGCUGGCCAAUGGGGACAAGGGUCGCAGGAGAAGUCGCCUGGCCCUGUACAAGAGGCCCAAAGCCAACGGGGUCAAACCCGAUGUCAUCCACAAUGUGUCAACCCCUCUGGUGUCAAAGGCACUCAGCAACAAAAGCCAGCACAGCAUCUCCUACACACUGUCACGGAGCCACUCUGUUAUUGUGGAGUACACCCAUGACACCAACACAGACAUGUUUCAGAUUGGCCGGUCCACGGAAAGCAUGAUUGACUUUGUGGUGACAGAUACAGCGGGCAGCAGUGGCAGCGGUGGCGGUCAAGGCGGAGGGGCGGCAGGGGAGGGGGGCAGCGGCGGCCAGUCAGCCCAGAGCACAAUCUCCCGCUACGCCUGCCGCAUCAUGUGCGAACGCAGCGCUCCCUACACGGCACGCAUCUACGCCGCCGGCUUCGACUCCUCCAAGAACAUCUUUCUGGGGGAGCGGGCUGCCAAGUGGAGGACGUCGGAUGGCCUCAUGGAUGGCCUGACCACCAACGGGGUGCUGGUGAUGCACCCGGCGGGGGAGUUUGUGUCGGAGCCGGCGCCAGGAGUCUGGAGGGAGAUCUCGGUGUGCGGCAACGUCUUCGCCCUGAGGGAGACCCGCUCAGCUCAGCAGAGGGGAAAAUUGGUGGAAAAUGAGUCCAACACCCUCCAGGACGGCUCUCUGAUUGACCUGUGUGGAGCCACCUUGCUGUGGCGGACGCCUGCCGGACUGCGCCGCACCCCCACCCUAAAGCAGCUGGAGUCCCUUCGUCAGGAGCUGAACGCCGCGCGGCCCCAGUGUCCCGUGGGUUUCAACACCCUGGCCUUCCCCAGCCUGGCCCAGCGCGAGAUUGUCGACAAGAAGCAGCCCUGGGUCUACGUCAACUGCGGCCACGUGCACGGCUACCACAACUGGGGCUACCGCAAGGAGAAGGGUCCCGCCGGCCCAGGGGGCACGGCGCCAGCCAGCACCGGGGAGAGGGAGUGCCCCAUGUGCCGGCGGGUGGGGCCCUACGUGCCACUGUGGUUGGGUUGCGAGGGCGGCUUGUACCUGGACGCCGGACCGCCUACUCAUGCAUUCUGCCCCUGCGGCCACGUGUGCUCAGAAAAGACAGUGGUGGGGUGGAGCCAGAUCCCGUUGCCCCACGGCACCCACGCCUUCCACGCUGCCUGCCCCUUCUGUGGCACCUGGCUGACCGGGGAGCAGGGCCACAUCAAACUCAUCUUCCAGGGCCCCGUCGACUGAGGCCACAGCUGGGCACUAGUCAGAAGAACAUGACGGUGGAUGGGACUACUCACUAAAGACUGUCUGCAAGACCGGAGCACUCGAGUCUGGGUUCAAAGACAAAGAACUGAUUGGGAACAGGAAAGGAAAGACUGUUAAAAUGACAUGGAAUAAUAGAUGCCAAGGCUUAAAAUGGAAAAUGAAAUGUUUGGAGAGGAUGUAA